CGCGAGGCGAGAAGCUCUAUUUCGCGACUACACUGCCUCCUUUGCAGUCGUUAGUGGAGAGUGGCUAGAACGACACUCGGGUCUCGUACCAGGGCGCGAUAUGUUAUGGCGGGUUUUGUCUACCCUUAGUCGGAUCCAUCCACGUGCAAUAUACAAUAGUCUCUCACGUACAUAGAAGUACACUCUGUACAGUAUUCGUAUUUUUCAAUUCCCAAUGAUCUACCCUCACACUGCUCAAAAGACUCUGAGUUCCAGCAUCCUCCUCCAACUCCCGGCGCCGCUGAGGGUUACGCACAGGCACGCGACUACAGUAACUCGAAAGCGAAGAUGUGGCUAAUGUAUGAUCCGAC